AUGGCGAGGGGGAGCUCAUCUGCGGCGGCAAUCGGUGUGCCCUUCCCGCCUGCGGCGCCGCCAGUCUUUGUGGACACGAGCCUGGGGACUCACGUCGCUCUGGUGGUCUCCUCCGACGAGACCGUGGCCGAAUUCAAGCGUAAACCCUUCCCGUCCCUACCUCUUACGCAUUUCUGCUUUCUCUUCUGUCGCUGUUCACUUUCCUCAUAAAUCCUUCAGCAACGGUGUGUUCGUUGUGCUUCCAUUUCAUCGCGUUCGAUGACAAGUAGUGAAAUCCUGUUGUGAUGUUGCAGCCAUAUUAUUCUAAAUCUAAUGGGGUCUCCCUCUCGCCUUCCUCGUCAUAAUUGGUCUACUAUGAGCUGUGCUUAAUCCUUCUGUUUUCUCGAUUUUGCCAUUGGUUCUUCUCAAUUUGUCCCUGUGAAUGGCCGAGUGGUCACCAUAGACACUGUCUCUCUUUCAGAACUGAGAUCUAAGGUGAAUCUCAUUCUCAUUUGCAGGGAAAGUCUGCAUUGAGCACGCAGCUUGCUUCCCCAGCAUUGGAGAUGUCACUGUUGUCUCCAUCAAGGUAAACGUCCUCGAGAAGAAGGAACGGGGGACAAUGUUGUGGUUUCGUUGUCACUCGUUUCCUACAUCUUGUGGUCUGUUACGAUUUCCCCCUUAUAAAAAAUUGAUGAUAGUUCUGGUUAAUAUAAUCACAGGUUCGGCGCAGAGCCACCUACUACCACCUCUCAGAUUCCAUGCUGGUCAGGACUGCUUUCAGUGGAAUCAAGGGGACUUGGUUUAUUCAGAUGGAUGUGGUGCCCACUAGUGGUCACGGCAAUGGCCCUUCUUCUGUGGACGAGCUUGUCAGAGAUGAUUCAAAUCUGGAGCUUAAUGCUCAUAUACCUGCGCCUCCAAGUGUCUCUGAUGCUCCACUAGUCCCAUGUGUGAGUGGUAAAAAUCAGCUAUCAAGAUCUGAAUAUCUUUCCUGUGAUCAGCUGCCCAUUGAUACCCAACGUGGGGAAGCAUCAGGGAGGGGGACUGGAGGUACUGGGUCCCUCAGAAGCCCUGGAAAACAGCCAGAUGUUGAUCCUGGAGGUUGGAAGCCACUUUCUGAGAGUGAUGGGGUUUCUGGUUUUUUCAAUGACCAACUUCGGAAAGAUGAUGGAAAGGACAAGGAGUCUGCUAAUCCGGGUGAUGGAAUUAAUGAGGCUGCGGCAGAUACGGUUGCUUCUAGCAAAGAGCAGUCUCAAGGAAAGAACAUUGAACCAGAAGAUAGUUCCUUGCUGAAGCAGUCCUCAGGGAAGAAGAGGCAUAAGAAACACAAGGGAAAUGAUGGUGGCCCUUCUCGUAAGGACCAAAGUGAAGAUACUUUGGAGGCAACUGGGACAGAAAAUCCACCAGCAGCUAAUGUUUCCAGAGAACAGAGUGUAGUAGGCCAACUGGGUAUCUUGGGUGAGCUGUGCAGUCGACUUCUGAGUGAUGACUCUCUAUUGCCACAGGAUCUUCUCCAUAAAAAGAAGAAGAAGAGAAAGAGGAGGAGAAAUGAAGUAGAUGACUGCCAAAAUGAAGAGGAUGCUGCUUUGGGCCGCAAUGCAAGUGACAGCCAUGGGAAGUCAGCUCAUGGAGUUGAAUUGACUGAGCUCGAAUCAGACAAAAAGGGCUUUUCCUUGGGGAAAGAAGCCACUGAGGGCGACCCGAAUGACAAGAUGCCAACCAUUGCUGAUAUACAUGUGCAGACUGCUGUGGACUCAUUCAAUGAAAAAGUUUCGAAGGGUUUAACCAAUGACAGUCACAUGGAUUUAGAUUCUGAAGUUGUUCCCGCUCCCUCCAAGGGAAGCAAAAGAAGCACAGAUAAGGCCAAGAAAAUCAAAACUAAAGUUCAACUCUCCAGUUAUGAAUUUGUUGAGUCUGAGAUUGUCCAGACCUCCGGGAAAAAAGUUGUAACAGAUGAACCUGACCAUCCAGUUCCAGGACCUGAUGGAGGAACUACUCAUGAUGAAGCUCAUGGAAUUGGAAACGCUGCUGGGUCUGUGCAUAAUGCCACUCCAGAUAGUAGUAGAACCUCGAAGCAUAAGAAGAAAAAGUCAGAUAAAGCAGCAUCAUCAAAAGUUGAGUCUGACUGGAAGGAAACAUUUAGUUCUGCAGCAACUAUCUCCAGAGAAACUACAGUAAUCUCGGGGAGUGUCACGGAAAUAGAGUCCCCAGUCCCACAAAAGUCUGAAAAAAACCUAAGCCACAGCAGGAAGAAAUCAGUAAAUGCAGAAGCAUCUGCAAUCAAUCCCUCUAUUUCAGAUCCUGUAAGUCUUCCAGAACAGCCCUUAGAAAGUAAAUAUGUAGAAGCUGCGAAAGAUAGGCCUAGUACUGGGGAUGAGCUUGCAUCAAAAUCCACACAACAGGAGCUUAUCACUGAACAUGGGUACAUCAAGGAGAAAAGUCACAAGGUAAAAUUACAUGAGAAUGAUUCUGCAACGAAAAUCCAAAGAAGAUCACACAAGAAAAAAUCUGCAAAUUUAUCACAGCCUGUUCAAAAGAAUGACGAAGAGAGAGAAAAAUCUGUCACCAGAGAUCAUAAUGCCUCUGGAUAUACUGAUCAAAAUAUGUCCGCAGGCAGUAAUUUGAAAAAGCAAGUUCUCAGUGCUAAGUUAGAGAAGUCUGCAGAACAUCGGGAAGCUAGUGAUGACAUAGGACAAAUGCAGGCCAGUGGCAAUGUUGUAAACUCUGGGAAGGAAAUAACUACUUACCCAGCGGAGUCAAGUGACACUACAGAGGAGGACUCUGCGUAUGACAAGAAACUUUAUCGAAUUGCUGUGAGAAAAGUUCGCAAAAGUAGAUCAAAGAAAGAUGUGAAAAGAUCUGAUCAAGAGGAGAUAUGUCUGAACGCGAGUGAUGACACUUUUGGCCAUUUUACAAGUGCUAGCUCAGGGGACGAAGCUGAACCCCAUGGUCAGAAAGAUGUUAACAAAAAGGUAUCCAGUAAUUCCGCAUAUAGCUAUCCUGAAGAGGAUACUAACCCAACAUUGGUAGUCAGAGGACCCAAGGUGCAGAAGACAACCGGUCAUUCAGGUAACAUUUAUCCUGUGGUUAUUUUUCUGUAUGAGUCAUGACACUCGCUCCUGUGUCCUAUUCUUGAAUGAUAAUGUGCCCAUCUGAGUCCAAAAGAAAUAUUCGGCUACUCUUCAAUCGUUGACAAAAGCUACAGGUUUAUGACCCUUCUAAUCAUCAAUGAAGGGAAAACUGGACAAUAUUUUUUCCCACUUUUACAUCUCUGGAACAAAAUACAAAGAAGCAAAUUGUAGUGUGUGUUCCACUUUACCAAGGUGCUAUUUAGAAUAGAGGGUUCUAGAUCUCACCAAAGGAUGUAAUGCAGCUUUGUGCUUUUGGCUAGGGUGGGGAAGUUUAUGUUUGGUGGAUUGGCUGUUCGUUGUCCAAGGAAAACUCUACGCACUGCAUGAAGUAGAAACUACCGUUUUAGGUGUCCUAAACUGUUGUUUGAUUAUUCCUCUCCAACCAAAUUGCCCUUUGAAUAUCAGAGAGAAGUUUCCACAGACUAAGAUGAGGAUGAGCUAGAACUAGAUCCGGAAGACUUCCAUCUGGUCAUCAUUUAAAAGUUGUAUUCUCCUGUUUGUCAGGUUAAAUCGCCAUAGUACUGAUACUAUCACAGUUGACUAGAAAAUGUUGUCUUGCAUUUCUCAUUUGGAUGUGCUUUUGGAUGCAGUUGGCCGCAUCUAGAUUUCCUUCGGAUGAACUUGGUUCAUUCCUUUGGCAAGAGUUUGCAGUAGCUCAAAACUUUUUGGGGUACUCAGUGGACAGUAUUCUUGAUGUUUUUUUUUUUUUUCUGAUUUGCACAAAUGCUUUUAAUUUCUAUGUUAUUUUUAUUCUAUUAUUAAAAAUAAACGGUCCAGUUAAAUUUUUUGUAUGGUUAGUAUUAGAACUGAGGAUUCUUCCUUUAUGGUUCUAGGGGCAUCACUAUCAACUGUGCAUGUUCUACGCACAGAGGAAGCUAGUGGCGAUGAGAUUGACCUGUCACAGUGAGUAGAAUUCUAUAACCCAGUAGCUUUGUAGUUCAUUUGAGGAUGCUUUCAAGCAUUGGGUUCAACAAUUAGACCAUAAUUAAAUAAGUCAGACGUAUUUUAGAACUGUAAAUUAUUAAUUAUUCAUGCAUUUUGUAUAAGUUUAAUAGUUUAUAAUGCUUUUAGUAAAUUAUCCGUGAGAAGUAAUUCAGGACAUAUUAGAUUCCGUUGAAUGUAGAAUUUAAAUGAUCAAUAAAUGUUGAGAAUUAUGGUCUUCUGUUAUGGGAUAUCUAACUCUUCUCGAAGCUUCAGAGAUUAAAAACGCAGUAAUCUCUCGAAAUUAUUGAUACAAGCUCAAUAAUCUUUGUCAAGUUGGUCUCCCAUAUCACAUAUCCCUCCUCAUGAUGAUUCUUGCUCGGAUUGAGACAGAUUGAUAAAUUGCGCCUUAAUUCUUCCAAAACGUUCAUAAUCUUAUUGUUUUUCUUGUUUCCGUGGACGACAGGACUUCAAAUGCGACCAAGAAACGGAUUGCACUGAGCGUACUCCUCAGAGGUUCAAAUAGCUAUAGGAAGGCCAAGCGUAGUGCUCCUGUAUCCCGGCCUGAUGAUACAGAUAGUCAACCGGUUGACUUUGUUCCGGAAACUCAACCAGAAUUCCUCUAAAAGCUCAACCCAGUUGCCCUCUAUCGACGUUUUGAAAGAGUACUGUUAUCCUUAUUGAGCGUCUCUGUGAUGCUCUCUGAGCCAAAAGUCAGCAUAUGACUCAGCUUUUUGCAGGUGCAGUCAUGUCCAAAUUUGGUAUAUAUAUAUAGUUUGCAAAUUUGAGCCCUUUUUCAUCGUUCGUUGAUUUUGCCCUUCUCCAAAACGAUUAAGUGGAACCAUGUUUGUUUAUGUCUCUGCCUAUUUGCCGUGCUGAUGGGUUUUAAAGGAAAUGUGAAAUGUCAACGUGGGUCUGAUCACUUUCAACUGUUCCUAUGGAAUUAUCCCCAGAGUUUGCUGAAGCAGAUAAAAUACGAUUCAUGAUGAAUUCUGACUUUGCAUCAUUGUGUCGAUUCUGAUGGAUUCUGCUCCUGAAUUAGUCCUGAAUUGUGCUGCAUCAGAUGGAUUCUGUUCUUGAAUCUGUCCUCAAAUGCGCAGUAUCAGAUGAACCAUGUCGUUGA